AUGUCACUUCUUCGCUGCGUAACCAAGCUAACCAGAGCAAUCGGCGCAUCAACACACUUCGCAAAUCAAUCGACCGUCAGUGCUUGUUAUAAUUUUAGCAAUCUCAAACGCAAUCACAGCACACACCAUCCAUUCGGCAGUUCCGGCACGCAUCGGAAAGCAUCAUCAUCACCUCUGCCCGUUGAUCGCGAGACCUCCGAAAAUCGGCUACACAACAGUGCGAGGGUAAAGUCCGUCGCAGAAUCAUCACCGCACCGCAAUCCACCGUCGACGUCACAGAUAAGUGAAGCCACCUUCGAUGUGGACCGGUCGCGUGUUGUGCUGUGCGUCGGGACGGAACGGUACGAGUUCCCGGCGGUUUGGUUGCGCGAUAACUGUCAGUGUGUGCGGUGCUUUCACGGGGGUUCUUCCAGCCGGGUGUUGAACUGGGAACGGUUCGAUGUGGACCGCGUGAACGUGGCGCAGGUGAGCGUGCUGGAUCGUGGUCAAUCGUUGCAGGUAAUGUGGAGUGAAGAUGAUGGCGGAGAAGCACAUCGAUCGGUUUACGAUCUGCGAUGGCUGUUAAGCAGAAGCUUCAAGCAGGAGGACACUGAACGAUAUCUCAAGGAAUGGUACCGUCCGGAACCGAUCGUUUGGGGCGUCAAUGCGUUCGGUGCGGUGUUGCGGGAGUUUUCGUUCGAGCAGGUGUUGCGAGACGACACGGUACUGAGGCAGUGGAUUGAAGCGUUGAUUGCGUAUGGCGUUGUGAUGAUCAAGGAUGCACCAUUGACGGAGAACGAGUGCCGUCGGCUGGCCGAUCGGGUUGGCUUCAUACGCAAAACACAUUACGGGGAGGAAUUCGUCGUAAAAGCAAAAGAAGGCACCAGUAAUGUGGCCUACCUUUCCACACCGCUCCAAAUGCACACGGAUUUACCCUACUACGACUACAAACCGGGUUGCAAUCUACUGCACUGUCUCGUGCAAUCAACCAAUCUCAUCGGAGGUGAAAAUCUAAUCGCGGAUGGGUUUUACGUCGCGGAACAGCUGCGCCAACACUACCCGGACGAGUUCCGACUGCUGAGUGAAACGCUCGUAGAUUGGAGUGACUUGGGUGCGGAUGAGGCAGGAACCUUUCACAGCAUUUAUCGCGCACCAGUCAUCUGCGUCGGUCGUGAUGGUCGGUUGGAGAGGAUCAAUCACAGCGUGCCGCAGCGCGAUAGCCAUUUCAGUGUGGCGAUCGAACGCGUUGAGCCGUGGUACCGAGCGAUGCAACGAUUCGUCACCAUCCUACACCGGGAAGCGGUAAGCUUCAAGACAUCGCCAGGUGACAUUCUUACGUUCAGCAACGUACGCAUGGUACACGGACGGACCGGAUACACCGACACGGCGGCGAACACACGCCACAUCGUCGGUGCGUACCUCGACUGGGAUGAGAUCUACUCCAAGCUACGCGUCCUUAAGGCUACUUCGGAUCAGUAA